AUGCACACCAGAAGUCGGAUGAGAAGCAAUGUGAUAGAACUAGUUGGGUUCGCCUACUACACCUCAAAAAUAGAGCCAAAGAAUGUGAAGGAAGCCUUGGAGGAUGACUUAUGGGUUAAGGCAAUGAAAGAGGAGCUACAUCAGUUCGAACGAAAUCAUGUGUGGGAUCUGGUUCCAAGACCUGACAAAAUGGAUGUCAAGACGGCAUUCUUGAAUGGUUAUUUGCAUGAAGAUAUUUAUGUAGCACAGCCUAAGGGAUUUGAAGAUCCAGUUCAUCCAACUCAUGUCUACAAACUUAGGAAAGCUCUCUAUGGACUCAAACAGGCUCCAAGGAUCUAUGUAGACGAUAUUGUGUUUGGGUCUACUCUACAGAAGUAUACUGAUGAUUUAGUGGAAGUCAUGAAAGAAGAAUUUGAAAUGUCCAUGGUUGGUCAAUUGACUUACUUCCUAGGGCUUCAAGUUAAACAAAGUUCUGAAGGAUAUUUUAUCUCCCAAGAAAACUAUGCUAAGAACUUGGUCAAAAAAUUUGAUCUGGAACUAUGUAAGACACCUAGGACUCCUAUUUCGACCUCUACGAAGCUGUCUAAAGAUGAUGCAGGUCCAUCAGUAUAUUCCACAGUCUAUCGAAGCCUGAUUGGAAGCCUGCUCUAUUUAACUGCCAGUCGACCAGACAUAAUGUUCAGUGUUGGAAAUAUUGAUGACAGGAAAAACACAUCUGGUGGAUGCAUCUUUAUUGGGAAAAACUUAGUAUCAUGGCUCAAUAAGAAACAAAAUUCAAUUUCUCUAAGCAUAGCUGAGGAAGAAUAUAUAGCAGCUGGGGGAUGUUGCACUCAACUUGUCUGGACGAAGCAGAUGCUGCUGGAUUAUGGUCUUUCUUAA